AAAUUGGUUAAUUGGAUUGAAUCCCGAUUCCCAACCCAUUCCCAGAACCAGUCCGUAUGAAAGUAGUGUUAGGUAGUGAUUAUGCUUGCGUUACGUAAUUCUAAGGUCGUCUUCAUUUUUGUUGUGAUAGUAAUAAGCAAAAUAUGUGAUGGUGAUGCUGGGCCGUCAUAUUAUGAAUCAAAUUUAGAUUACAAUAACGACUGUAUUUAUCAGUCGAUGCCUGGAGCUGUUGUCAAUAAAUUGGUGGAUGCUGUAGAAACGACUCGAAAUAUUCUUGAAAAUCUGCUUAUUGCUUCCAAUAUAACCCACAAAAGCCUUGAAAGCUUACUUGUUACCUCCAGUGAUACGCUGAGGAACGUCGAAGGCCUGAUUACUGAUGAGAAGCUCAUCAGCGGAGUGAAAAACGAGAGCGCCACAUCUGAAGCGGAUGUCCAGUAUUUUCAUGGUUCUUCAAGAAUGGAUUCAAAGUUACUUCUCCACUUACUAGAGAAGAUUGAAAAGGAGCAAGAAAGACUCUGGAAAGAAGUUGCAUUACUCAAACAAUCUUUAGAGAAAAGAGAGUGCUCUUCCAAUUGUGGCAUAUCCUCCACAGAAUCUUCUACAAACACCACUGAAGUUUUGUGGUCAACUCUUCUUCAUUUACAGGAAGAUGUCAGAAAUUUGAAGCUUAAAGUUAGUAGUUUACCAGACCAGAAUGCCAGACCUGCAAACAAUUGUACACGGUCUCCUGACAGGCCAAAGGAUUGUAGUGAAAUCGCUCAACAGGGGCAAACUGUUAGUGGAGUCUUCACAAUAUAUCCUUACAAGUGUGGCCAUACAGGUGAGGGUGUGCAAGUCUGGUGUGACCUAGAUGGAGUAGAUGGGUGGACAAUAGUGCUGUCUCGCAAACCCCUUCUGCACCAAGUUGAUUUCAACAAGAACUGGAGAGAUUAUAAAAUGGGCUUUGGAGAUCCAAAAUCAGAAUAUUGGUUAGGUAAUGAUGCCCUUCAUUCACUUACAAGUAGUGCAAGACAGAUACUUCGUAUAAACAUGGAGGACUGGGAUGGAGCAAAAAGAUCUGUAGAAUAUAACUUUUUCAUUGUGGAGGGUGAAGAUAGAGAGUACCGCCUCCAUGUAGGUGGAUAUUCGGGUGAUGGAGGAGAUUCUCUUGCUUACCAUAACAAUAUGGCCUUCACUACCAUAGAUCAUGACAAUGACCUUCAUGAUGGCAAUUGUGCGACACUGUUCGGUGGUGGAUUUUGGUAUAACAAGUGCCACCAAGUGAGUGCCACCAGUGUUCUUCUGGAGAAACAACAGAACACAAAGGGAAUUAAUUGGAGUGCAUGGUAUACUGAUAGAACUACUCUGACUUCAGUUGUUGAUGAAAGAACAGGAAUGUCAGUCAAAGAAGCUGGACUCGAGCUAAAAGUAGUAAGAGGAGUCAGUAAUCCAUCUAAAAGCCACUCUUUUGAAAAAGUAACGAAAAAUCUAAAUAUCGAUCACAUUAAUAACAAACAAGAUAAUAUAAAGGUACAAACUAAUGAUCUAUCCAUCAGUAUCACUAAUAACAUAGAAGAAUCAGAUAUCCAUGGAAAAGAACUUCCAAUGGAAGAGGAGUCAAAUAAUAAUAAUUGA